CGCAUAUUCGUUCAACGCAUGUAUUGUGCUCACAUGCAUUGGUGUAGCAUUACUUGGUUUUUCGACUUUCUGCCUAAAUAUACGAUCAUUGUAUAUAGUUUGUAAUAUAGACUGUUAAGAUAGUUACGAUGAAAGGAGGGACGACACAAACACAACAAACUUCACAGACAGACACAUCCAACAUCAAAAAGCCUACUGCAGAACAGAUACGGUAUGCACAACUACUGAAUAAUGAAGAUUUGAAAGUAGUACAAGACCAGAUCAAACAGGUAGCAGAUUUUACAGGGAGAUCCUCUGAUGAGGUUUCAGUAGCUUUGCAUGACUGCAACUAUGACACAGAACAAGCCAUCAACACAUUACUUGAAGGCAGUGCAGACAAGAAUGAAUGGAUAACUUCAAGUAGUCGCAAAAAGAAACAUCAGGUUACUGGACAAGGUGUUGAUAACAUCAUCAGUUCUGGACAGCCAACAAGAGAGGGACAGAGACAAUCCAGAGGGGGAAGGGGAGGGAGAAACAGAACAUCUGAGAAAAACUGGGAGUUGGACCAAAAGGAUAAUGAUGAAAAUAAACCCCCAGAAAGUGGACGAGGAAGAGGGAUUCGUGAUGACAGAUCUGCAGAUCGAAAACCAUCUGGAGGAAGAGGAGGACUAUCAAGACGAGGAAGAGGAGGAAGCAGAGGACGUUCAUCAUCAAGAGGAAGGGGAGGAAAAAUAGGGAGGAAUGGUAUUUCAUCUACUCAGCCAAUGAAUAAUGGACCUACAGAAAAUGGCACAGAAAUGUGGGACAUUCCUGAUCCAAAUGAUGAUAAAAACAAAACUGAAUCCUGGGAAGAUUCUGCAAAACCUUCAGACAACUGGGGUACAGAGGAUUAUAUACACCUCCCUUCUGCUACCGUCAAAGAGCCAGUUGCUCCUGUUAGUAUGUCUUCACUGUUCAGCUCAUCAGUGCAGCAGUCCAAUAAUUGGAGCAAUAAUGAUGCUAAAGAGGUGUCAUCUUGGGGUAACAGUGAUUCAGACUCUGCUACUGUUACAGGCAAUAAUGGUCCAUUAGUGAGAACCACAAGAGAACAGUCUACAGAGAACACACCCUUUGCACCUGAAAGUGUGGAUAUGGCAAUAAUCCAUUCCAAAAUUGCUCAGAGUCCAUCAAGAACAAGUGAACAGUCCCAGAGUAAUACCGAUAUGCCUAUGAUUCGUAUUCCAUUACCUGCUGUCAACCACAAUCAUCUCGGACCAAUUAGUAAGCUGUUGGAUAAUGUAUCUGCUGCUAGCCUGCCCCAACAACCUAUGUCAUCUGUAUCACAUGUGACUUCAGCCCAGCCACAAAGACAGUCUAAACAGAACAGAACAAGGAAGUCACAAAAGUCUCAGAUUCCUCAGAAGCCAGUGGAAAUGCCAGAUUCUAUGAUGGAUGAGCUUGAUGUCCAGUUUGGCAAUCUUGAAUUUGGUGGAGAUUUUGGUGGAAGCCCAGGAAAAGGACAGUCCAAGGAAAGUGCAGUCACUUUUAGCAGUGAGGAGCAUCUUGUCUCAAAGCAAAAUGAUUUGCAAGUGAGCAGACCCAUUGAAGCGGAAAGCAUUUCAAACCUGCCAUCCACAUUGUCAAGAAGUGUUCCAAUCACAAUUGCCUCAACUACAUCUGCCACUUCAAGUCUAACCAGCUUGGAAGACAGUUCCCCCAGACAUUACCAGCAUGCAUCACCACGGGAACGUAAAUCACAAAUGAAAGCUGAGCAAAUUGCAUUUCUUAAACAGCCAAGGGAUUUAUCAGAAGAUACUCUUCCAGCACAAGUACCCGACAGGUCUAGAACACCUCCAGCUGUUUCAGCCAGUAAUGAUAAUUCUUCUCUUGGUGCAGUAACACGCAGCCUACCCAUCUCAUCAGCUACUUUACAGUCUCAACUUGUUUCAAGUCUUCCUAAGGAAUCUGCUUUGGAUUCAAGAGUGUACCAAGUCAAUCAACAUGUUUCUAGCCAGCCCUUGUCAAGUAAGGAUAAGUUAUCAUCAAGUAAUCUUGCUCAUCAUAGCACCCUAGGAGGGUCAACAAUGGUAACAUCAUCUCAGAGAAGUGAGAGCAGUAGUUCACACACCAUACAACCACCCCCUGGAGUUGGAGUACCGCACAGUACCACACAACAAGCUACAUCUUCUUUGGGUCUGUCUACUGCUACAGUAUCUAGCUCUAAUAGACCUGCACAGCAUUCUGGUAAGCCAUCUUUACCCCCUGGUGUUCUUCCAAUGAGUACACUGUAUGGGAUUCAACAGCCAGGCAUGAUGCCUGCUUAUUCUAUGCCUUUYAACUAUGAGGAAUUACAGCGACAAAUGCAGAUGGCUGCUUACUAUGACAUGAUGCAGGCACAAGCUCCUUUACAAGGUAGAGAUAACCUUCAAGGGACAUAUCAAGCUGAUCAGCAGAAAUUUGGUCGCAGUGAUGCAUCUUCCCCUGUGCAGACAACAAUGAAUCAAGCUAAUCAAGGACAGCAUCACCUACAGCAACAGCAACAAGCAUAUCUGAAUACUGGUACUAUGCCACCUUAUGGAUAUGGUGGUCUUGCUUUUUAUCCUGGUGGGGUUAUGCCUGGUGGAUUCCCAACAUACUCUGGUCCUCAAAUGUACCAGCAAAUGGCUCCCAAAACUCAUGGUAAUGUAUCACAGUACCAGCCUGCAUAUGGUAGUCAACAUGGCAAUCAUCAUUACUCUUCAGGUUAUGAUGAUCUAAAUGUUGGACAUGACUUUGGUAAAUCUCCCUAUCAUUCUGUCUCUCAGACUCAAAGUAAAUCAACCUCAGUUGUUAGUACUUCAACAGACCUUGGAGGAGGAUCAUCAUACAAGACACAAAUUGGGAAGUAYGGCGAAAGCAAAGGGUUUUUAGGAGGUACUCCACCACCAGCUCUAAACCUAUCAGUACAAGGACAGCACAGUCAUCUUGGUAACUUCCCAGGACACACCACCCCAUUUAUGUCUAUGUUACCCACCCAACAACAACACCCACAUUCAUUAUUUCAUCACCACCCAGUACCUCACCAGGAUGUUGGACAGACUGGCAUGUCACAAAGAGGACAGCAAAGUCAACUCUCCAAACAAUCCCAAAAUAAGGGUGGACAUCAGGGUUCUUAUCCAGGGCCGUUCUGGUCUAAUGCUAACAAGUCUUAACAAACUCCAUGGCAUGGAGUCUCCACAGAGUGAUUGUAUAGGCACCUAGGAGUGUGUURCAAGUAGUAUUAAAGAGAAAGGCAACAGAUAUGAUAAUGCUUAUGAUAGUAUACAACAAGCCCUUUCAUGUGUUUUUGUCUUCCUUCCCUUGGGUUUCAAUCAAAAAWAUAUAUUGCUUUAUGAGUUCAGGAUGUAAAUGAUGUCAAAGUGUACAGACUAUGCCUUGUGACAGCAUGUAAAUGUUUUGCUAUUGUAAUUUAAUAUUUCAGUCUUUAGCUUAUAGAAAUCAAGUUUUACACCAUAUCCUUUCAAUAAAUGAAGAAUGAUUUA